AUUCCAGGUAAUCUGACGGGCACAGGACCGUGCGUUGCAUGACCCACGGGGUGCAGGCUGCGGCUGCCAGCCUGGGGCACUGUGUGCAGCUGCCUCCUCCCUGGGGCGGGUGGAAAAUGUGCGAACAGCGGGGCUCAGCACGCUCAGGCGGCUGCGGUGGUCGGAUGGCUGGAGAUCCUGUCACCAGGUGCAGAUUUGGGUUUGGGAACCACAGCCCCGGAAUGGCAGGAUGUUUCACACCUUCCAACUUCCACCUGCUCAUUCUUGUUCCUGUGACCCCCGGGACCUCUGCGCCCAGGGGAUCCCAUGUUGUGAACGUAUCCAUGUCACAACAGAAUGAGUUUCCACAGUUUUCCACUGCUGCAGAAAAGCCCUCAGGGAUCCCCAGUUCUCUUUCAGAAACAACAGGAUGCUGCCAGUAUGUUCCUGUAGCUAUUCCUGGUGGGUACACGGAGACGGAAAUGAAUUCUGCCGUGAUGACUAAGGCAGUGCAUGAAGAGCCGUCGUCUUUACCUUUCACUGUCAAAAGUGCCGGGCUCAAAGCCUGCAGGCGAGUCGCAGUGGCACUGGAGCCAAGCCGCUCACUCGCGCCGGUGGGCUGGGGGAUGAAGCGCAGCGUCCGCUCUGCCUGCCCGGGUACCCGCACGUCUGCCGCCUUGCAUCCGUGGCAGGGAAAUACACACUAAGAGAAACUGGAUGUGGGAGAGCGAAACACUGCAAGACAAGAGCAGUUUCUGUGAAGAGCAGCUCUGUUGCUGCGAUGCAAACAGACCAGCACGGAAGGAAAGGCACAGCUUUCACUGGAGAGCAGUCACAGAGCAGUUUGGGAAGUUUUUUCCUAUUUACCUGGAGGAAUUUUGUUGCAUGUCUCAAGGAGACUUUUACAUUUCCUUUAGAAAAUAGGCUGCAAUCACCUGGAGAAAUGGUGUGUGAAAAGCCUAGGGUGGUAAUCAUCAGCGAGAUGAACAUCCGAAGUGAGCCACAGGCUACAUGAGCCUGUUUAAUUAAAGAUGUGAACAUU